AGGGGUGUUUUCGAGCCAUCCUCUGCUUAGAGUUCUCUCCAUUCCUUUCGCAUUACUCCAACCUUUUGGGGAUGGGGACUGGCACCAUCGUCUGUGGAACAUCUGGCAGGCAGCUGGCAGGAGAGAAUGUCCUCCAGGAAGAACAGUUGACUUCUCCGUUCUCUUCUCUCCGUGGCCACUACGCCUGCUUUCCUGCUUUCACUUAAGGGUCUUGGUUGGGGCUGAAGAAAGGCAAUAGUAAAAUAGUAAAAUACAGCAAUAGUAAAAUACAGAAUAACAGAGUUGGAAGGGACCUUGGAGGUCUUCUAGUCCCAACCCCCUUGCCCAAGCAGGAGACCAUACGAAAUGGUGAUAGGAUACCCUGGUAUAUGGAACUGGGUCCAAACGCAAAUGCAGUGGAUGAUAUGUUAGAUGUGGAAAAUAAGCGCAUGACAGAAAAUCUGGCCACUAAAGUCACCCGUCUAAAAUCGCUUGCAUUGGACAUUGACAAAGAUGCUGAGGAUGAAAACCAGUACCUGGAUCAUAUGGAUUCUGAUUUUAUGAGCGUGACAGGUCUUCUCACAGGAAGCGUGAAGCGUUUCUCUACUAUGACUCGGUCAGGAAGGGACAACCGCAAGCUUCUCUGUUAUGUCUCUGGUGGACUGGUUCUUGUCUUCUUCAUCUUGUAUUAUUUGGUAACAAGAACACGAACUUGAGGAAAAUUAUUAGUUUUGUACUGGAUGUUAGUUGAAGGAAAAAAGUGGUAGUGGAAAAUGGAGCUGUGAAUGACCUUCAGAUGUGUAUCUUGGGAAGGAUUAUUUAAAUUUUCACAGUAACCCAGAAGCUCCUUUAUGAACUACAGCAUGAUCUCUCCAUUCUGAACUCAUCUUUUUUCUUUAAAGGGGAUAUGAUGUUGUCUCUUUCUACUUGAACGCUCAAAUGCAACACAAUUCACUGAAAUGAAGUCUCUUUCCCUCUGCCCUUGUAUUAGUUUGCUGUCUUUACUUGGUGAAAGAGGAAGCAUAUUGGUGAUUUGCUUUCUGCAGUUUAUGGUUCAGCAGGAAAAUCCUGACAAAGUUUAAUAAAAAUGUUCUAAUGCCCAUUUUGAUGGGGAAAAAAGUGUUGCUUAAAAGACUGUUGUUGGAAUAUGUGCAUUUUUUAGAAGUAGUCUGUCACAUUGGAAUGUCUUCUAAAGCAAAAUUGCUUUAUCACUGUUUUUGGAUAAACCAGCAGCUAUAAACAAUGAUCCUUGCUUGUUAACUCUCAAAGAGGUGUGUAGAAGAACAGAGUUGGACUUAAAGCACUCACAAAAUAGAAUAUAUGACAUUAUUUCUGCUUUUUUCUUUUUCUAUUCUAAUCAAUCCUUUAACUGAUUUGCCAGUUUUGAGUUGUACUAACCAUGUAGUAAGUUAACAUAUCUUCAUUUUUUAAACUUUGUCCAAAUCAACCUUAAGGUUCUUUUUUAAUUUGAUGUACUGAUUCUAGAUUAAAAUUUCAAUUUUAUGCA